AUGGAGAACCAAACAGUCAUUACUGACUUCAUCCUGCUUGAUUUUCCUGACCUACAUCAGGUGGAACAUCUCAUGGGUAUCAUCCUCCUCACCUCCUACCUGCUCACCUUAGCUGGGAACAUCAUGAUUAUCAUUGUUGUCAUUCAUGAUCACCAUCUACACACUCCCAUGUACUUCUUCCUAUGGAAUCUUUCCUGCUUAGAAAUUCUAAUUACAUCCACUGUAGUGCCCAAGGUACUGGUUAGCCUUUUACUAGGCUUCAAAACCAUUUCACGCCCAGCUUGCCUUUCCCAGUGCUAUUUCUUCUUCUUUUUGGGAACCAGUGACUUUGCCCUCUUGGCAGCCAUGUCAUAUGACCGUUACAUAGCCAUUUGCAAACCGCUGCACUAUGCAGCCAUCAUGAGUACUCAGCUCUGCCUGUGGCUAGUAGUGGGAUCUUACAUGGCUGGGUUUCUGGAUACCAUCAUCCCCACCAUCUUGGUUGCAAACCUACCUUUUUGCCAUACAAAUCAUAUUGAUCACUUUUUCUGUGACAGUGUUGCUUUGAUGAAGCUGGCUUGUGCAGAUACUAGCAUCGUGGAGCUGGUAAGUUUCUUGUCAUCAGCAAUCUCUCUGCUGGGCUCUUUAAUGUUCACAGUGGUGUCCUACAUUUACAUAGUCAAAACCAUUCUCCAGAUUCCAUCUGCCUCUGGGCGUCACAAGGCAUUCUCCACCUGUUCCUCCCACUUCAUCAUUGUCAGUCUAGGCUACGGCAGUUGCAUCUUCAUGUAUGUGCGGCCCUCAGGCAGCAACCCUUCCAUUAAUAAAAUGGUUUCUUUGAUCAAUACAGUGUUGACUCCUUUGCUGAGCCCAUUCAUCUUCACUCUGAGAAAUCAGCAGAUGAAAGAUGCUGUAAAGGCAAUUUUGGUGAAGCGUGGAAUUUACUCAAAUAAGAAUUUUGGGAUACAGGUUUUCCAGGAGAAAACAAGGAAGCAGCAUGAAUGA